ACGAAAAGCCGUACCACCGCAGCUUUGCUGAAGAGGGAACCCCGAUGGUAACGUCGCCGCUGGAUGAACUCCCGAAGCUGGGAAGCCGCAACGCCAGAGAAAACGAGGCCAGGGAAUCUAAAGCAGAGAUUCCUGCCUUGGUGUCAGCACUGGAGAGUGUCAUCAAGGAGCCCUUUUCGAAAUACCAAGGUUCUGCAGACAUGAAGGUGCCAGCCUUUCACCACAGCCAAGGGCUUCCUUGCUCCAGUCGCAUCGCUGGCUUUGCUUCGGGUGCGGGCCAGGCAUCUUCCAACGUGGUCACAGACUUGAAAACGUCACUUGAAGUGCAGGCUAGUCGUGCUAGAGAAAAUUUGCUAGACUUGCCCAGGGAGCAUCCCCUGAAAGAAAAAGGUGCUGAAGCUCAAGAGGUAUCUCCACUCGAUUUGAGUGAUCAAUCAACAAGGGAUGGUUCAUGCAAUAAAGAUCUGAACACAUCCUUGCAGGCUGCUUUAAUCGUCUACCCGUGUCCUUUCUGCAGUCACAAGACCUACUACCCUGAAGUCCUGUGGAUGCACAAAAGAAUUUUGCACAAAAUCAGCUGUAACUCGAUGGUCCCCCCUUGGGUUCAACAGAACGGAUUCAAGAGUAUUAAAACCAACCUGGUCUUUCUGGCGAGGAGCGGGCGCACCGGCCCCCCUCCUGUCCUCGGCGGUAAGGAGUGCCAGCCUUUGCCCGUGGCCAGAUUUACGCGCACUCAAGUGCCGAGCGCGUUGCCGGGGUCCAAGAGCAGCUCCCUUUCUGCCGGCAUGAAUGCCAAGCCCGCCAGUACGCACCAGUCAAAGGACGGUCAUGCCUUUGGCCACUGCGGUCCACGCUUAUCAGGUCUGGAUGGGUACAGACAGCCCAAGUUAAACCAUUCCCAGGAGCCCUACAGCGUAGCAGCACAACAAAAAAGUAAAUAUGAAGCAAAUUCCAAACUUAUGCAAAUGGGAGCCUACAGCAGAAGCGUAACGCCGACUCCAACGGUCAUAUCCAGGCCUAGCCCACAGCCCGCCAACAGUAAACCAGUGGAAAAGUACGUGGUUCCCCAGGGAAGUACUGGUUUUGCCCCUCCCGGUAAGCACUGUGCAUCCGACUCCGUGAAGGCCAAAUUCAACCCACCGCCGCAGUAUCAUCCUCUGUGUAAAAGCGAGCAGUACGCGAAACACGAAGAGCCACCGGUGCCUCAGCGGGAGUCUCACGGGAAGGCUGGGAGUGAGAUGAGGACAGUGGGAAACUGCACGGCGGUGGCACGAGCGAGUCCCCUGCUGCAGCCCCAGCCGAGUGCCGCGGGAGUUUCUCCGGCUUUACACUCCAGCAAACAGGAUCUGGGAUCAGACGGGCCUGAGAAACGUUUGGACGUUUUAAAUAUCUUUAAAACAUACAUUCCAAAGGACCUUGCUUCGUUGUACCAAACCUGCGGUGCCAACAGCCCCGUCCUGGAUCACGCAGGGAUGCUCAGGACACAAACACGCCAAGGAGACUGCGUCUGCAGAGAAUGUGGAAAAUGCUUUACCCAACCCAGUCACCUCAGGACUCAUCAGAGGUCCCACGCAGUGGUAUUUGAGUCUAAUGGACUCCGAGGUACUGAAGUUCACACCACCUCCGCAGAUGCCCCAAAACAAGGCAGAGACCACGGCGGUGCGGAGCUGCCCCCCACGCUGCCCCUCCGGAAGGGACCCUAG